CAUAAACGCUACGGUUGUCAGUGCGGGAAGUCGAAAGGUGGACACCGCGGUAUCGGCUGUCAGCGUCUUGGACUGGACGGAUCCAUUCCAUUUAGGCUACAUGCUGCAAAGAUACCAGUAGCCUGUUAGUCUGUCUGAAUUUCUACUUUACUUGUGUGGUCCUCUGGCCGCGUUUCGUUUGUAUGGGGACAGUGCAAGACGAAGCGUUUCAGCACCCACUGCGAAUUGAACAGGGAAAUGGUAACAUAUGAACCACAUUGGAAGGAACAUGGUUGAGAGGACCAGUAAAUUUUUGUUCAUUGUUGUCGGAUCUGUUCUCUUCAUGCUGAUUUUAUAUCAGUACGUGGCGCCGGGGAUGAUGAACUUCGGGUCUCCCCACGGUUACAUCGUUGAAGACGAUGCGGAUAUCUUCCCGACUCCAGAUCCACAUUAUGUGAAGAAGUACUAUUUUCCAGUUAGAGACUUGGAACGCACGGUGGAUUUCGACAUCAAAGGGGACGAUGUGAUCGUGUUUCUUCACAUACAGAAAACCGGGGGUACCACUUUCGGGAGGCACCUGGUUCAAAAUGUGAGGCUAGAAGUGCCGUGCGAUUGCAGACCCGGACAGAAAAAGUGUACCUGCUAUCGCCCAAACAGAAAAGAGACCUGGCUGUUUUCACGAUUUUCUACCGGUUGGAGUUGUGGUUUACAUGCCGACUGGACCGAGCUCAUCAAUUGCGUACCGACAGUGCUUAAUAAAAAGGAGAACAAAUUGAAAAACUUAAGGAAGUACUACUACAUCACGCUGCUGCGUGACCCGGUGUCGCGCUACCUGAGCGAGUGGCGGCACGUGCAGCGCGGCGCCACCUGGAAGACCUCGCUGCACAUGUGCGACGGGCGCACGCCCACGCCCGAGGAGCUGCCCGCCUGCUACGAGGGCACGGACUGGUCCGGCUGCACGCUGCAGCAGUUCAUGGACUGCCCGUACAACCUGGCCAACAACCGGCAGGUGCGCAUGCUGGCCGACCUGAGCCUGGUGGGCUGCUACAACAUGUCCUUCAUGCCCGAGAAGAAGCGCGCCCAGAUCCUGCUGGAGUCGGCCAAGAAGAACCUGCGCGACAUGGCCUUCUUCGGCCUGACGGAGUUCCAGCGCAAGACGCAGUACCUGUUCGAGCGCACCUUCCGCCUGCGCUUCAUCCGCCCGUUCAUCCAGUACAACAGCACGCGCGCCGCCGGCGUGGACCUGGACAACGACACCAUCCUGCGCAUCGAGGAGCUCAACGAGCUGGACAUGCAGCUGUACGACUACGCCUGGGACCUGUUCCAGCAGCGCUACCAGUACCGCCGGCAGCUGGAGCGCCGGCAGCUGCGCCUGCAGAGGAGCGGGGGGCUCUUCGCCCUGCGGCGCGGCGGGGGAGGGGGUGGGGGAGGGGGGCCCAGCGAGGACCCGCCGCAGCCCCGCGGAGACGAGCCGGCGCCCGAGGAGGCCGCCCGACUGCCCACGGAGGACUACAUGAACCACAUCAUCACGCGAUGGUAG